AACAGAGGAGAACAGAAACCACCUCACAGGAUUGUUGUGAGCCUUAAAUGAGCAAACUUAAGACUUAAAACAGGUCAUUGACAUAAGAAAACCUUCAAAAAGUGAUAGCUAUUGGUAUUAUGUAGCUCCUAGAACAGUGGCUGACUUAUAGUAGACGCGCAUAACUGUUAAAAAGGGGCCAGGAGGACUCUAUUUAUGCAUUCAUCCAUAUAAUUAUGCUUCGGAAAUGUCUUGCUCUUUUCAUACUGUCGAUGCUGUAAACUACAAAAGCCAUAAUAAGCCAAGUAAGUAAGCAAGAGCCAGCACUCUAGGAGGAAAACAAAGAGAUUUCCUUUAUUGAAAUAUCCAUGUCACAGUUCCUACUAGGUACCAGGCACUGGGAGAGGCACUAGGAUAGAGAAAUAAGUUACAGGCCUUUAGGGAUUUUAGGUGCUGGUGGGAGAGACAAACACGAAACGCAGUGUUAUGUGGAUAAUAAUAAAUAGAGGAACAAGCUGUGGCUGCACGGUUAACCCCCAUUGGAGUCAGGAAAGGUCUCAUAGAGGAAGGAACAGUUGUCUUGGUCUUGAAGGAGAGGUAGAUGCUCCCAGGUGAAGAAGAGAACGAAGGACAUUCCAAGGAAUGAGGAUAGCAUAUACAAUGCACCAAGUUGCCAGCAAGCACCAUGUUUCUGGUGAGAAGCCUGGGAUGGAAGUCUAGAUCAGGAGAAGUAAGCAGGAACUCGACAGGAAAGGAUAUGGUCUGCCCAGGCAAAGAAUUUGGGCCCUUAUUUGGUGGGCCGCUGGAAGCCUGAAUUGAGCAUCAUGAGCACAGGCACAUUUACCAAGAAGCUAAUGAGGUUUAAGCUUCGAGGCCCAUCACUGGCACGGCCCCUUCGAAACCCUGAAGAGCCCAAGCAAUGUGGUUGUAAAAUUUGCAAAAUAAGAUACAUCUUAACUGCAAUCAGUCAACACUGCUGUCUCUUUCCACUCUUUCUCCUGUAUCACACUUUCCCCAUGUUGGAUGGCUUUGGAGUGGUAGCCAUAAGCAUUUUUGGAAUUCAACUAAAAACUGAAGGAUCCUUGAGGACGGCAGUACCUGGCAUACCUACACAUAGUCAGCCUUCGACAAGUGUUUGCAAAGGUACAUUGGGGCACUGGGGGCACGAGUGAUCUGUGACAAUAUCCCUGGUUUGGUGAGCCGGCAGCGGCAGCUGUGCCAGCGUUACCCAGACAUCAUGCGUUCAGUGGGCGAGGGUGCCCGAGAAUGGAUCCGAGAGUGUCAGCACCAAUUCCGCCACCACCGCUGGAACUGUACCACCCUGGACCGGGACCACACCGUCUUUGGCCGUGUCAUGCUCAGAAGUAGCCGAGAAGCAGCUUUUGUAUAUGCCAUCUCAUCAGCAGGGGUAGUCCAUGCUAUUACUCGUGCCUGUAGCCAGGGUGAACUGAGUGUGUGCAGCUGUGACCCCUACACCCGUGGCCGACACCAUGACCAGCGUGGGGACUUUGACUGGGGUGGCUGCAGUGACAACAUCCAUUAUGGUGUCCGUUUUGCCAAGGCCUUCGUGGAUGCCAAGGAGAAGAGGCUUAAGGAUGCCCGGGCCCUCAUGAACUUACAUAAUAACCGCUGUGGUCGCACGGCUGUGCGGCGGUUUCUGAAGCUGGAGUGUAAGUGCCAUGGCGUGAGUGGUUCCUGUACUCUGCGCACCUGCUGGCGUGCGCUCUCAGAUUUCCGCCGCACAGGUGAUUACCUGCGGCGGCGCUAUGAUGGGGCUGUGCAGGUGAUGGCCACACAGGAUGGUGCCAACUUCACCGCAGCCCGCCAAGGCUAUCGCCGUGCCACCCGGACUGAUCUUGUCUACUUUGACAACUCCCCAGAUUACUGUGUCUUGGACAAGGCUGCAGGUUCCCUAGGCACUGCAGGCCGUGUCUGCAGCAAGACAUCAAAAGGAACAGACGGUUGUGAAAUCAUGUGCUGUGGCCGAGGGUAUGACACAACUCGAGUCACCCGUGUUACCCAGUGUGAGUGCAAAUUCCACUGGUGCUGUGCUGUACGGUGCAAGGAAUGCAGAAAUACUGUGGAUGUCCAUACUUGCAAGGCCCCCAAGAAGGCAGAGUGGCUGGACCAGACCUGAACACAGAUACCUCACUCAUCCCUCCAAUUCAAGCCUCUCAACUCAAAAGCACAAGAUCCUUGCAUGCACACCUUCCUCCACCCUCCACUCUGGGCUGCUACAGCUUCUAUUUAAGGAUGUAGAGAGUAAUCCGUAGGGACCGUGGUGUCCUGGCUGGUUCCUUAGCCCUGGGAAGGAGUUGUCAGGGGAUAUAAGAAACUGAGCAAGCUCUCUGAUUUCCCACUCUGGAGAUUUGAAGGGAGAGUAGAAGAGAUAGAGGGUCUUUAGAGUGAAAUGAGUUGCACUAAAGUAUGUAGUUGAGGCUCCUUUUUUCUUUCCUUUGCACCAGCUUCCUGAUACUUCCUUGGUGUGCAAGAGGAAGGGUACCUGUAGAGAGCUUCUUUUUGUUUCUACCUGGCCAAAGUUAGAUGGGACAAAGAUGAAUGACAUGCCCAUUCUCUGAAGUCAGUUUGAGCAGAACUACCUGGUACCCCAAAAGAAAAUCUUAGGCUACCACAUUCUAUUAUUGAGAGCCUGAGAUGUUAGCCAUAGUGGACAAGGUUCCAUUCACAUGCUCAUAUGUUUAUAAACUGCUGUGUUUUGUAGAAGAAAAAGAAUCAUAACUAUACAAACACACAUUCAUUCUGUCUUUUUCUCUCUACCAUUCUCAACCUAUAUUGGAUAGCACUGCCUCUUUUGCUUACUUGCUGCCUGUUCAAACUGAGGUGGAAUGCAGUGGUUCCCAUGCUUAACAGAUCAUUAGAACACCCUAGAACACUCCUAGGAUAGAGUAAUAUAGUAA